UGCUCACAAAUCUAAGCGUGUGACUCAAAAAUCUGGCAAGUAGUGUGAUUCUUUAUUCUGGUUCUGAAUUUCGCGGGGAACAGGAUUGAAUAAAAUCGCGUGUCGCAAGAAUCAAAUUUAUUUUUUUUUUCAAAAAUAAAACUUUGUGUUCUGGUGUUUGACAGGAUGAAACUGACAGAAUAUUUAUGCCUGUUACAUUGUGUUGUAAUUAUCAAUGAAUAUUAAAAUCAUUUGUUUGUGAACCCCUACAAGCAAGUUUCGUGCAAUGAACCACAUUCUAUCGGAUUUGUGCGACCCAGUUCGAUUAUGGUUGUUUGAGAUGAAGUGAAGAAUUGAUCGGAAACAAAAGUGCAAGCAAAUUUUUGUGCAUCAAUACAGUGAAAACAAUUGACUAGUUUUGAGUCUACUAAAAAGAGCAGCUGUGAUAUCCCGUGAUACCAAAUUGCAUAGCAGCAAUUUGAACGUUCCACAAAACGUAUACAUAAUCAUCAAGUUCUCAUCCGUGUUUGUUUUGCGCUUCCUGAUCGUACUUUUAAAGCUUAACAAUAAGUAUCCGACGACAGCAAAUCCGCUAUGGAUCACAUUCGCGAGAUUGGACCAUGGUGCCGACGGAAGUAUAAAAACAUAUUUCGGAAGAAAAUUCUGUACAAGCGUGUCCCGGUGCUGAACUGGCUGCCAAAAUACACCGCUGAUGAUGCCAUUGGUGAUUUUGUGGCCGGCCUUACCGUAGGCCUGACGGUGAUUCCCCAAGCACUGGCCUACAGCAGUAUCGCAGGUCUUCCUGCGGCGUACGGUCUUUACGGUUCUUUCGUGGGUUGUUUCGUGUACAUCUUUUUGGGCUCGUGCAAGGAUGUCCCGAUGGGACCAACAGCGAUUGCAUCUCUGCUCACUUUCCAAGCCUGCAAAGGAAUAUGGCAACGGGCUGUUCUGUUGUGCUUCCUGAGUGGUAUAAUCGAACUGCUAAUGGGAGUUUUUGGGCUUGGAUUUCUAAUAGACUUUGUGUCCGGACCCGUAAGCUCUGGAUUUACUUCUGCUGCCGCGUUGAUUAUUCUCAGCUCACAAGUCAAAGAUUUGCUUGGGAUCACGGCGAAGGGUAAUACCUUCGUGGAGCAGUGGACCGCCAUUCUGGACGACAUUCACAACACACAGCUUGGUGAUGCUGUCAUGGGUUUCACGUGUAUCAUUGUUCUGCUCCUGAUGAGGCUGCUGCCGCGGCUAAAAGCGGGACCCCCAGACACGGAAGAUCAGAUGCUCUUCCAGAAGAUCAUCAACAAAUCGUUGUGGUUGAUUGGUACGGCUAGGAAUGCCAUUAUUGUGAUUGUAUGUGGAGCUAUCGGUGCUAGUUUUUACAACAGUGGAGCGGUGCCUUUCAAAAUGAUUGGGGAAGUUCCAAGUGGUCUACCGGCAGUCCAGUUACCACCGUUCUCAGUUCCCGAAAUAACGAACGAAGAAGGAGUUGUGAUCCAGCAGUACGAAGGGUUUGGUGAUAUGUUGAGCAACCUCGGCUCGAUGUUGAUCGUCGUUCCAUUGAUUGCUCUCCUGGAGGACAUCGCCAUUUGCAAGGCUUUUGCCGACGGAAAAUCCGUAGACGCUACCCAGGAGCUAAUCGCGAUCGGCACAUCCAAUAUCGCUAACUCAUUCGUGCAAGGAUAUCCCGGAACAGGAGCACUAUCUCGAGGGGCUGUCAACAACGCCAGUGGCGUCCGAACUCCGUUCGGUGGCAUCUACACAGGAAUUCUGGUUAUCCUAGCGUUACUUUUCUUCACACCCUACUUCUUCUACAUCCCAAAGGCAGCCCUGGCUGCCAUUAUCAUAGCCGCCGUAAUAUUCAUGGUCGAGGUGCGUGUUGUGAAGCCCAUGUGGCGGAGCAAAAAAUCGGACCUGGUUCCCGGAAUCGCUGCCUUCAUCGCUUGUCUGGCGCUACCAAUUGAGUACGGCAUUCUUGUUGGCAUAGGCCUUAACAUCUUGUUCAUCUUGUACCACGCUGCCCGACCGAAGAUCCACAUGGAUCAACUGAUUACCCCUUGUGGAAUCAAGUACCUCAUGUUAACUCCGGAUCGCAGUCUGAUUUUCCCGUCUUCCGACUUUGUGCGAAAUUUGAUCAACAAACACGGGUUGAAGAACCAAACUCCGGUAGUGAUAGAUUGCACGCACAUUUACGGUGCGGAUUUCACAGCCGCUCAGGUCAUCGAUACACUCAUCAAGGACUUCAAGAGUCGGAACCAGAUGCUGCUGUUUCUGAAUCUCAAACCCUCGGUGUGCAACGUAUUCGAGGGGGCGGAUCUUGAGUAUCGGGUCUUCUACGAUCUCGAGCAGCUGGAUAGGGCGAUUCAGGAAAUCCGAAGGAAGAGCUUCCAAGCCUAGUCAGUCACCCAUAGUUUGUAGAUAGUUUUAGAAGCGGCAAAAGACAACCAACUCAGGACCAAUUAUACCGCUGUAAAACAAGUGUUGUAUUAAAUAGUAGAUAAUUCGCUGCAACCGUAGGAUUCAGCUGAGACGUUGUGUCAUCGAAAAAAGUGAUGUAGAUUUUAAGCAGAGUGUAGCAAUAUGAAAGAUGGUCGAGCUGUACUAUAUACUGAUAGUUACAAUGAUAUGUUGAAUGUUUUCCCUUUAAAUGCUUAUGCUGGGACAUAUUGAUGGGGAGCGUUAUUAUAUUGAAUCGCACGAAAUAGAGAAAAGCAGAGAAGCGCACGCGGUAUCUAUUCAACGUAUUAUUUCGAGUCGUCUAUGCGCCGAAUCUAGACGAUUUGUCAAAUACUUAAUUUUGUAACAUUACUAGUCUAGACUGUUGAAAUAAAACUAAAGUUCCUUUAUUCGAAUACUAUUAAAAUAA